CUAUCACGCCUGAUGACCCAGUGCCCGCUGUCAUACCUGGUGACCCGAUGCCCGCUGUGGAGCCAGACGAUCCAAUGCCUGAUGACCCAGUGCCCGCUGUCAUGCCUGGUGACCCGAUGCCUGCUGUCGAGCCAGACGAUCCAGCGCCAGAUGACCCGGUGCCUGCUGUCGAGCCAGACGAUCCGGUACCUGAUGACCCAAGCCCACUGUCGUGCCUGGUGACUCGGUGUCCACUGCCUUGCCAGAUGACGCGGUGCCCGCUGUCGAGCCAAAUGACCUGAUGCCUGGUUACCCGAUGCCCGCUGUCGAGCCAGACGAUCCAGCGCCAGAUGACCCGGUGCCCGCUGUCGAUCCAGACGAUCCAGACG